AUGUCUUUGUCAUUUAUUGAUAGCAGGGAGAAUAGAACUCCACCAACUCAAAGCGAGUGUAUUGAGCUCAUAAGGAUUUUAGAGUUUAAUAAUGAGGAUGUUCAGAAGAUCUUCAACACUAAGAAUUUUACUGAACCGAAAAGGAAUUCUCUUUUCUUUAUUUUAAAGUUUAAGAGAUGGUUUUGUCAGCAGUUGCAUGGUGUUAGAACAUCAACGACAGAACAGAUUAGGGCGGUUGAUAUGUUGUUUGAUCUGAAGACAGCAGAAGGAUUGCCGGUUUAG